AUGCACCUACCUCCGCGAGUUCUGCCGUUAAUUCGCCAGGGAUACGGGGCGUAUGCGAAAUUGAGGUGGACAAUUCCUCCAAGGAACAUUUUUGUGGUCAAGAAGGCCUACAAUAGCCAUGUAGGAGAAGCCACCAAGAGUUUUAUCGCUCACAUCAUCGACAAGUACAAGGUUAAUGUGCUAGUGGAGAAUCGAAGCUACGAGGAGCUAGCGCAACCAGGCGUGCGGUCGAUCGAGCAAGCUGACCUGAAGCGGUAUGUUGAUUUGAUAGUCACGCUGGGGGGCGACGGAACCAUUCUGCAUGCGACCUCAUUGUUCAAUCGACGAGCCGAAGAGCUGCCCCCCGUGCUGAGUUUCUCUAUGGGUACGCUUGGAUUCUUGUUGCCUUUUGACUUUAGUGAAGCCCAGCAAGCUUUCCAUGACGUCUACACCAGUAAUGUGUGUGUUAUGCAACGGCAGAGACUGGAUGUGUCUGUUGAAACUUUCGCAAGAUCUACCCCACACCCUGUCGAUUCUGAGGCAACCACGCACUCAACACUGCUGCCUGAUCCAUGGAUAGACAUUCCCAGUACGCCUUCCAGCAGUAUAAGACCGAGUGACCUUACAUGUGCUUUGAAUGACCUCACUAUCCAUCGUGGUGCCUCCCCACACCUGGCUCAUUUGGAUAUUAGUGUUAAUGAUGAGCACAUUACAACCGCAAUUGCCGACGGGCUGACGAUUGCUACGCCUACAGGGUCCACCGCUUACUCUUUAUCUGCUGGGGGCUCCAUUGUACAUCCUGGGGUGCCAUGCGUUAUGGUCACGCCGAUUUGCCCCAGGUCACUGUCGUUUCGACCGCUAAUUCUGCCGCAAGCCUCCAAAAUCUCUGUAUCAAUAUCGCCGAAUUCUCGAGGAGUCUGCGAUCUGUCGAUUGAUGGCUAUGCGGAUGGCCAGCUCGCUACGGGUGACGUUGUCCACGUCUGUGCCUCGGAGACCCCAGUUUGGUGCGUCUCCAAGGCCAGCGACGACUGGGUACAUCAUCUGAAUGGCCUGCUCGGCUUCAACUCGAAAUUUGGCAAAAAGUAA